GCGGCGGCUCCUGAGAGGGCCCAACGGGUAGGCGGGGGCGACCACGGCUGCUGUGGGAACUGAGCAGCCUCGACUCGGCUCCCCCUAUCAGGGCGGCCGUGAGGAACAGCCCGGUCUCGCAGCUCUGGGUCGCUAGGGGCCGAGGAGGCGUCAUCCUUCCCCCCCCACGCAGGACCGCGGAGACUGGAAGGCGGCAUCCAUCGCUGUCCACGCGGGACCAUCUGCAGCCCACCGGCCGAGUACAGGACUGGGAUAUUCAACCCCCGGUGGACAAAGGUCGACUUACCCGAAAGCAAGCUUUCUCACGGAGGGUACCUGUUGCAGAGGCUGGAAGUGAAUUUAAGGCGCACACUUGUUUUCGAACUCAUGUAAGACUCUGAGAAAUAACAGGACAAACUUUGAGGAGGGGUAUGGUUGAAACCUGAGACGUUCUUAUUGAGAUACAAGGAAGGCAGAGCCCAGGAACGCUGCUUUGGGGAUUCCUCCUUCAGAUUAGGCUUUUCUUAAAAGCCUGAGCAUCUUGUUAUAUAUAGACGAUCAUUCUAUCAUGGCUAGCAUCAUUGCUCGUGUGGGUAGUAGCCAGCGGCAGAACGCACCCUUGCCGCCUUGGGCCCAUUCCAUGUUGAGGUCCCUGGGGAGGAGUCUUGGUCCUUUAAGAGUCAACAUGGCAGAAAGAAACAUGAAGUUGUUUUCAGGGAGGGUGGUGCCAGCCCAAGGGGAAGAAACCUUUGAGAACUGGUUGAUCCAAGUCAAUGGGGUCCUGCCAGAUUGGAGUAUGUCGGAAGAGGAAAAGCUCAAGCGCCUGAUGAAAACCCUUAGGGGCCCAGCUGGGGAGGUCAUGCGUUUGCUCCAGGGCCUAAGUGUGGCAGAUUUCUUGCGUGCAAUGAAACUGGUGUUUGGGGAGACUGAAAGCAGCGUCACUGCCCAUGGUAAAUUUUUCAACACUCUGCAGGCACAAGGGGAGAAAGCCAACCUUUAUGUGAUCCGUUUAGAGGUGCAGCUCCAGAACGCUAUUCAGGCAGGGAUCAUAGCUGAGAAAGAUGCAAACCAGACUCACCUGCAUCAGCUCCUUUUAGGACCUGAGCUGAAUGGGGACCUGUGCUACAGGCUGAAGCAUCUUCUCAGGAUGUACACAAAUGAGCAGGAACGUCUUCCCAAUUUCCUGGAGUUAAUCAAGAUGAUAAGGGAGGAUGAGGAUUGGGAUGACACUUUUAUGAAACGGAAGCGGGCAAAGAGAUCUGAGCUAAUCAUGGAGAGGGCAGCAAGCCCUGUGGCAUUUCAGGGCCCCCAACCAAAGGUGAUCUGCAGUGCUGACUGCAACGUGAUAGAGCUAGAAGAUAUCCUCAGUGACUCAGAUGAGGAUGUGAUCCUAGUGGCAUCUCAGGACCCUCCACCUCCAUCCAUGGGUGCCCCUCCCCUCAGAGGCAGGGUCAGACCUCAGGAUCAAGCACUGGUCAUUGAUUCCCCCAAUAGUUCCUGGGCUCAAUCGCCUUCCACCAGUGGGGUUUCUGGGGAUAUGCAUAGAUCCAGGAAGCGAAAAUACACAAUCUGCUGUUCCUGCUGUGGCAAGGAGGGCCACUCAAAGGAAACCUGUGACAAUUAGAGCAACAAGGCCCAGGUAUUUGAGAAUCUGCUCAUCACCCUGCAGGAGCUGACACAUCCAGAGGAGGAGAGGUCAAAAGAGGUCCCUGGCGAACACAAUGACCCCUCUGAGCCACAGUAAGGUGUUAUACCCAGCCCUAAGUGAACCCUUAACUAUAUUCAGACUGGUGUUGAGAAAAAUGGGGGUGGGGAGUGUGCAUAGGCAUCUAUCUAUAUGAAUUAAUAUACAAAGUGGCUUUCUUGGGGGAAGAAGAGGUCUUGGAUACCAGCAAACUGGAGGGCACCGCCUGACCUCUGUCCCUGCUCCCUCCUCCAUCUGUUUAUUCUCUGUUUAUUUCCUUGAUGACUUUAUUCUAUAAAGGAGUAUAAUUCUCUGUCAAACCUUCAAAAAAUGGAGGAAAAUACAAAAACUUUAAUGUACAAGUUACCUGAAACUCUCCACUCUUAUAUAACCACUGUCAGCCCUUUGAUGAAUGUUUCUCUAGAUAUUCCCUGUACCUGCGUACCCAGAUAGAUAUAUGUACAGAUAAAAGUGAUCACAUAUCAGUGCUGUUCUAUACUGUGUAUUUUUCACCAAACAAUAUAU